GUCCCAAGGCAAGAGGUGGAUGAAGAAAGGGUUAAAUGACUGAACCUUCCAAAGUAAUGAAGUGCUGUCCAAUCAGAAACCUUUGGGCUUGUCAAGAGUCCCUUCCACCUGAUUGAGGAAAUGAACCUGAGGGAUGUUUUGCUGUUCAGUUGCAGUACAGGAUAUGAUAUGAUUCUUAGACAAAAAGGUACAAAUUAGUGGUGUUUUAAACAACAGUUCAGAAGACUGGAGACUCUGUUGGAGUGUUGUGUUGACAUAUCGGGAUUAAUUUCUGUCAGGAUUCUGAUUCAGACUGCCUCACAAGUUUUCAGAGCAGUGAAAGUGAAAGCAGAUAUCGUAAACAGGCAGCAGUGUAGACCAACAGGUAUAAAGAGAAAAUGGCCGCCAUGUCUGUCUCCGAAGAGGAUUUGUGCUGUCCUGUGUGCUGUGAAAUCUUCAAGGAUCCAGUUCUUCUGAUCUGCACUCACAGCAUCUGUAAAGCCUGUCUGAAGCAGUUCUGGAAAACCAAAGGAGCCAAGGAAUGUCCAGUCUGCAGGAAAAGAUCCUCAAGAAAUGAGCCUCCAUCUAACCUACACCUGAAGAACCUGUGUGAGAAGUUCCUUCAGGAAAGAAGUCAAAGAGAGCCCUUCUGCAGUCUGCACCGUUCAGAACUCAAGCUCUUCUGUGAAGAUGACACACAGCUUGUGUGUGUGGUGUGUCGAGACUCAAAACUCCAUACAAACCACAAAUGCAGUCCCAUCGAUGAAGCAGCACUUGAUCGUAAGGAAGAACUGAAAGUCAAACUGCAGCCCUUACAGAACAAGCUGGACACCUUUAAAAAGGCUAAAGAAACCUGUGAAGAAACCGCCCAACACAUUACAUUCCAGACCCAACACACAGAGAGGCAGAUCAAGCAGGAGUUUGAGAAGCUUCACCAGUUUCUACGAGAUGAAGAGGCAGCCAGGAUAGCUGCACUGAGGGAGGAAGAGGAGCAGAAGAGUCAGAUGAUGAAGGAGAAGAUUAAAAAGAUAAUCAGAGAGAUCUCAUCUCUUUCAGACACAAUCAGAGCCAUAAAGAAGGAGAUGGAAUCUGAUGACGUCACAUUUCUACAGGUCUACCUCAUUUCACCCUGUGUUUUCCAGAACUACAAGAGCACAGUGGAAAGAGCCCAGUGCACACUGCAGGAUCCAGAGAGGGUUUCAGGAGCUCUGAUCAAUGUGGCAAAGCACCUGGGCAACCUGAAGUUCAGAGUCUGGGAGAAGAUGCAGGAUGUGGUUCAAUACACUCCUGUGACUCUGGACCCCAACACUGCACACCCAGAACUCAUCCUGUCUGAUGAUCUGACCAGUGUGAGACACAUACGUGGUGGUGGGGAGCAGCAGCUUCCUGAUAACCCAGAGAGAUUUGAUCAGUAUCACAGUGCCCUGGGCUCCGAGGGCUUUAACUCAGGGACUCACUGCUGGGAUGUGGAGGUUGGAGACAGUGAUAGCUGGACCCUGGGGGUGAAGACAGAGUCUGGGGAGAGGAAGGGAGGGAGUUCCAAUAUGAAUGGACUCUGGAAAGUGUUUCAUUCUUAUGGUAAUUAUGCAGCAUGCUCCCCAUUCCAGCCAGACACUCCCCUCACAGUGAAGCAGAAACUCCAGAGGAUCAGAGUGCAGCUGGAUUGGGACAGAGGAAAACUCUCAUUCUCUAACCCUGAUAAUAACACACACUUACACACCUUCAUAUACACUUUCACUGAGAGAGUGUUUCCAUGUUUUUACACAUGGACAUCUCUGAGUAUCUUACCAGUGAGUAGAGCGGCUCAGGUAGAGUUCACACACCUGCUGCAGUAUCAGUAGAGCAGCUCAGGUAGAGUUUACACACCUGCUGCAGGAGAGAAGCUUCCGGCAAUAAGGAAGUGCUGAACUCUAUUUUUGCCAUUAUGUUCAUUUUAAGUUAUGGAGGUUCUGAUAUUUUUUAUUUACUUAUUUUACUUUCAUUGGUAAUUGCCAAUAAAAAAUAAUUCAGAUGUUGGCUCUGUGCUGAUUCUUACUGGAGCUUUUGUUUAAACAUGUCUGCCAUACUGUCCUGCCUUGUUGCUUUUACAAAUGGAAUGUACGUACUAAGUAAUGCAAUAAACUACUUCAUAUUGA